UUUUUUUUUUCUCUUUCUUUCUGUAUCAUGAUUUUAUUUACUGAAUAUUUUAGAAUUGUUUAGAUUCGCGAUCAUGUUUAGAAAAGUUUUCAUGGUGGAGAAUUAUUUUGUUUUAAGGUAAUAAUUUUUUUGAAUCACAAGGGUCAUUUAAAGCCUUAUUUAUUAUGUCUUUUGACAAGUCGUUUUAUUAGUGCUUUUCUAGAAGAUUUUUUAGUCAUCGAGUCAUCUUGUUUUAUAGUAGAAUUUUAUCAGAUGUUAAUUAAGAAGAUUCAAAGUUGGAUUAUAAUGAAAAUUCUUUUCCUCAUUUGAGAUCUUUAUGUGGUAAAAAUACCAGCAUUAGAAGAAUUCUUGAUCCCGUUUUAGAUGCUUUGAAGCUAUCUUAUUAAGCCUUAAAUAGUAUUGUUAAGUAAACAUGUUCAAGAGAAGGAAUGCUCACCAACUCGAGGAUGAUUCUCACAAAGACAACAAGGUUAGCGAAUUGAAAACCGCGAUAGGACCACUCUCGGGACAUAGUUUAGUUUUCUGCUCUGAUGCUUCUUUAAGGAGAUAUUUGGAUGCUCGUAACUGGAAUGUGGAAAAAGCCAAAAAAAUGAUUGAAGAGACUCUUAAAUGGAGAUCAACAUACAAACCUCAAGAGAUCCGUUGGAAUCAAGUAGCACAUGAAGGUGAGACCGGAAAAGUUUCAAGAGCUAGUUUUCAUGAUCGACAAGGUAGAGUAGUGCUUAUAAUGAGACCCGCGUUACAGAACUCAACAUCACCAGAAGGUAAUAUAAGGCAUUUGGUAUAUCUUCUUGAAAAUGCAAUCCUAAAUCUUCCCAAGGGACAAGAACAAAUGUCUUGGCUCAUCGAUUUCACUGGUUGGUCUAUGGCCGCUAAUGUCCCUAUGAAAACAACACGCGAAAUCGUCUACAUUCUACAGAAUCAUUACCCUGAGAGACUCGGUAUCGCUUUUCUCUACAAUCCACCAAGACUCUUCCAAGCAGUCUACAGGGCUGUUAAGUACUUCUUGGACCCAAGAACAGCUCAAAAGGUGAAAUUUGUGUACCCAAAAGACAAAGCAAGUGAUGAACUGAUGACAUCACACUUCGAUGUAGAGAACCUCCCCAAAGAAUUUGGUGGAGAAGCAACACUAGAGUAUAACCAUGAGGAUUUCUCAAGACAAAUGUGUGAGGACGAUGUCAAAACGGAAAAUUACUGGGGAUUAGAAGAGAAGCACUAUCCCAAACCAAACGGUUUCUCUCCAUCCGAUGUUGUUCCUGAGCCGGCGACUUCUAUAGCAUCAGCAGCUAGCUGAGACCUUAGAGUUGAAUAUAUACAUUAUAUAUAUCGAGAAAGAAGAAAAAUAAAGGUUUAUUCUCAUUGAUAGAGGAAGAGCCAAUUAUAGAAUGUGCUGGUUUACCUUGACGAUUAAUAAAGUUCCAUUAGUGAGCCAAAGACUUUUUAAUUAUGUUUUAAAAUUAGCAGAGACCAUCCUUGCCAUUAAAGCUUAUGUACGUGUGAGAAUAUUGUUUCCAAGUGUAAUUCCUAGUUUUGUGUUUAUUAA